AUGUCUUCGUUCCCCAAGCUGAUCCCGGCUUUUACGGCUAGAAUCCCCAUCCGCGCUGCCGACGCCGUCGGCUCCAGCAAGGGCGGCCUCAACCUCGUCCGCUUCGUCUCCGUUGACGAGGGCCACGGCGGCUCCCUCGUGUCCGAGCCGGGCUACCCCGUCGCGGUGGACGCCCAGUUCGUCCACGGCGCCGACUACAUCCGCCCCGAGGACGACGGCAAGCGCCUGCGCCUCAACGUCAAUUCUGUCUUGAAGCAGAAGGGCAGCGACGACGCCUUGCUCAACUACACCUACACAGGCCUCAUUGAGAUCACCGACGAGAUCGCCAAGGUGCUGUCGGGCGCGCCGGGCGCGGCGUCGACGCCCCAGGGCCAGGUGUUCACGCAGGUCAACUUUGAGUCGGGCCACCCGUCGCUCAAGGUGCUGGGGACCAAGCUGUACGUGGCGGCCGGCCGCUUCAUUGUCGAGGCCGGCCAGCCUGUGAUUGUCGAGUACAAGAUCAGCGAGGUGUCCGUGUAA